AUGGCAUCAACGCUCAAAACCAUCGAGCAUCACCUGCCAGACGAUGAUUACGACUCCGACGAGAUUGUGGUGAAGCAGCCCACGGAGAGGGUUCCGCUGCGCCCGCACUCCACCAACACGCGUUCCUCUUCUCCGGCGACGUCCGACCACAUCAAGCUGCAAUCCCACGCACCAAAGCCACAGCGAGUGACGACAGACCAGACCGAGAACCAACCGCCCGAUGAUGAAUACGAUUCCGAUGAGAUUGUGGUAACGCGGCCGUCUGACGCAUCUGCGCCCUCGAGGCAGUCACCUGACUCAGCCCCUCCCGAGAAGCCCGCCAUCCCGAGCAAGAGGAAGACCUCGGCGCCCAACACAUCCACAAAGAGGAAGACUCCCGCACCCAAGACAUACUCCAAGAAGAAAUACCCGAGGAAGACAGUCGAGGAGCCGCAGGUCCUUGAAGUGAGCCCGGUUGCGACGAGGACAGCACCAGCGCCAGCGACUCCAGCUGCACCUCCUGUCGACAGCGACUCCGAUGCAGAAGUGUCCGGUGUCGAGAGCGUCCUGCCCAGCGGGUUCCAGCCUCGCACUGCGGUCACUGAGCGCGAGACGCCCACGCCCCUCCCACCUGCCGCCGAACCAUCCCCGCGCACGCUCCGCAGCCAGCGCAAGGUGCCCGCCGCUUCAUCCAAGGCCCGCGAGACGGCGAACAGCAGCAGGAAGAGGAAGCUUAACAACUUGUCCGCUGUGGUCGAGGAAGACGACGAGGACAACAUCAACGUGAAGAGUGCGGCUACAAAUCGGACAUAG